AUGGCUGACUACCCGUACUCCAAUUUCUUCUCAGGUUGGUUCAAGUUCAACCCUUUUCAACAUUACCCAUCUCCAAACCCUCCUCCCCAACACCACCCUAAUUCCUACACCCAAAACUUCUACCGCAACAGCACCAGCUUCAUCACAAAUGAAACCAGCAAUAACCACCCUUUUUUCCACUACCAAACCACCUGCUCAUCAUCAUCACCUCCUUCCCCUCCCGUUAGAGAAGCCUUGCCACUAUUGAGCUUGAGUCCAACAAGGUAUGAGAAAGAGGACCAGGAACAGGAUGAUGAAGAUCUAGAUCAAGACCAAGAGCAAUAUUCUUGCUCCACCAUGGAUGUAGACAAGAGCAAAGGGAAAGAGGAAGGGCGGCUUUUCUUCACUAAUGGUAUUGCUGCUGAUGCAGCAGCAGAUGAAGAUGAAACUGUUACCGUUGCACUGCAUAUAGGGUUACCAAACCCUAGUGCUUCAGAGUUGGCUUCGGUUUUAUCAUCUUCCUCGGAGAUCACUGACAAAGAUGGGGAUGGUGAUGAUUCUGGAUACCCAGUUAACAGACUCAACAAGGGACAGUAUUGGAUCCCUACCCCUUCUCAGAUUCUUAUUGGCCCUACACAGUUCUCUUGUCCUGUUUGCUACAAAACCUUCAAUAGAUACAACAACAUGCAAAUGCAUAUGUGGGGGCAUGGAUCUCAGUAUAGGAAAGGGCCUGAAUCACUUAGGGGAACCCAGCCAACAGGAAUGCUAAGGCUGCCUUGCUAUUGUUGUACACCAGGGUGCAGGAACAACAUUGAUCAUCCAAGAGCAAAGCCACUCAAAGAUUUCAGAACCCUGCAAACACAUUACAAGAGGAAGCAUGGUAUCAAGCCAUUCAUGUGCAGAAAAUGUGGCAAGGCAUUUGCUGUGAGAGGAGACUGGAGAACCCAUGAGAAGAACUGUGGGAAGCUCUGGUACUGCAUUUGUGGCUCCGAUUUCAAGCAUAAGAGAUCUCUUAAAGACCACAUAAAGGCUUUUGGGAAUGGCCAUGCAGUUUAUGGCAUCGAUGGCUUGGAGGAAGAUGAUGAACCUGCAUCUGAAGUGGAACAAGAUAAUGAGUCAAUGCAGUGAUAGAUAAAUGGAAAUAAAAUUUAAGGCUAUGAAGUAAUGGUUAAUUAACUCUUCUAAUUAUAAAGCUUGUUUGCCAGGCUUCCAAAGUAAGAACUAUAUAUAUAUAUAUAUAUAACAAUCAAUUUACUUGGAGAAGCCACCUUUUUCCUCCUUUUGGUUUUGUUUUCCUUAUUAAUGUAGGAUCCUUAACCUCCAAGUUAGGCUAAGUUCUUGAAUAUCCAUUUCCCUUUCAACUGAUCAUUUCGGUAAUUUCUUUCUCUUUGCAGUGUGCUUUUCAAUCUUCCUCGGCAUAGGCAUGGUGAAUAAUCAUACUGCUUAAACUAUUAGUCACCAAAAUGGAAAACGGAAGCUGAAA